AGUCAAUCCAAAACUAAAAUAACUUAUAAAUAUUUGGUAUAAAUAAUACAAAUAAUCAAAUGUAAAAUAGAAUCAAAAAAUAAAUGUGGAUGUAUAAAUUUUUGAUGAUCUUUAUGUUAAUAAGAGGAGAGGUAGCAUAAAUUGCAAAUGAAGGUGGUUUGUAAAAUUUUUUAAUACUAAAUUUAUAAUUUAGGUUCAUGGCUAUUUUCUUUUUUAUAACUCUAUUCAUAAAAAAUGAAUUUUUCAAAAGAUAGAAAUAUUUUGCAUUAGUUAUACGGUUUUCUGAUGUGGAACAAACAUUUUUUUUUUUGAAUAUAUUUACAAUGAUUUUGAUUGUUAGAGCAACUGAUAUUUAUUUAUUAGAAUGGAAUCCAUAAGGAUCAUUAAUUAUUUCAGGAGCUAUGACAAUUUACAUAGUAUUUUAAACUUAUUCAGCAUAAUGAUCUUGCCCUGAUAAUGAAUUCAAUUUAUAAUAAAAUCUGAGGACACCAAAAUUGUAGAAAUUGUUGUAGGGAUUUUAUUAACAAUAUUAUUCUCACUUUUAUAGUUGACCUUUAGAACAUCUAAUUCAUCAGCAAUAUUGUCUAAUUAAAAUCUAAAGACAAAAAACUGUAAAAUCAAUAAAGAGAAG